UCUCCUAUAUUCAUUCAAUCCUCUGUAUUCUCAAGCUCUUGAUUAGAGCGACGAGCAAGAUGGAGGGUUCUAGCACUUCUGUUGUAGACUGUGACAGGGAGAGUGUAUCGGCGACUCCAUGUCAGAAGGAAGAGUUGCCGAAAUCUGAACUUCAAUCUCUCAAUAUUGACUUACUUCGUAGCACUGAUGGUGAUAAUAGCUCUGUGGCUUCUGUGAAUGAGAGUUGUGAAUCACCUUUAUCAUCAUCCUGGGAUUCAGAACCUGAAACUGAUAUCCCGUCUAUGAUCAAUUGUGAUGGAAUGCCUGAUCAAGGAUCCCUUCAAAGUAUUAACCUUGAAGAAAAUUAUCUUGAUAUGGAAGAACAAAACCAGUUUGUUCGGGUCGAAAAUUCGGAUGAUGGUUUAUUGUGGGAGAUGGACAAUAGAAGUUAUGAAGAGUUGCUCAAAAAGUUCGAGGAAAAGGAGGAAGAGCUCAGAGUUUCCAAUUUUAAGCUUCAACUUUCGGAACAAGAGAUUAUCAAGUUGAAUGUUCAAGUUGAGAAUAGUGAGGUUCAGCUUGAUAAUGUGCGCGAAGAAUUGAAGCUGAAAGAGGAGGAGAUUUUCAAGCUUAAGAUUCAAAUUGAGAAAAGUGAGAAUCGGCUUGAUAAUGUGCAGGAAGAAUUGAAUCUUAAAGUGGAAAAAUUGCAAAAACAAUAUGCUGAAUUGAAUAUUUAUAGUCCAGAAUUUGCAGACAGGAUGAGAAAUUUGGUAGAACUGCAUGAGGCAGCUCAUGUAACGGUCAACACACCAAAAUAUGAAAAUGCAAUUUUAAAAAAGGAACUCGAGAAAAAGUCAAUUGAAAAUCACCAAUUGCAAGGUCAACUUAAAAUGGCACAGAAAAAUAUGGCUAAAUCAGAAUUGGAGUUAGUUUCAAGUAGAAACCAAAUUCAAAAGAUAAGUGAAUGGAUUAGAAUGUAUAAGGCUAAUGGAAAUAAGCUGCAUUCUGAUAGUGCAAGUUUGUCAAAAUUGAGGUGAAUAGACAGAAUGGUGUGAUAUCAGAUCAGAAUGAGGAGAAAAGGCGUCGCCACAGUAACGUUGCUAUAGUUUCCUGUGGCUACAUUUUGCUAUGUCUAGUUGUUUCUUAUGUUUUGCUUUAUAGAUCUUUGGUUGAUGUUGGUUUCUUCAUAUCUAUCUCUUAUUCAUUCUUGCUAUGCACCAGAACAUUACAUAAUAAUGUCUUUCUUGUUAUUGAUUGUAUAUAGUAGGUUGAACAAAUCACAUUUGCAAUUGAAGUUGGU